AAUGGACCUCAAUAUUGCACCAAAAAUACAGCGAUUAUUUAAUCAGCUGUAUUCUUCUUUUUAUAAUCGAUCGGAAAUGUGUGACUCUCUGUACACUGUUAGCCAGGGCGCGGUUCCCCCCCUCAGUCAAGAAAUCCGGCCUCUUUUGGCAAAUAGUAGCUAGCGGCCUAAAAGUUCAGUCACUUAGCUUGUUAGCUAAAUUUAUAAAUUGGCAUACAACACAAUCGUGGGGGCUGUGCAAUCUGUGUGUAUGGUUAAAUACUGUAUAGCGAAUACAUUAAUGUGUAUUUUAGCUAGUAAAUAAUCGGUAGGCCUAAUAGAACACCAAGAAGCCUCGGUGUUGCGUAGGACGCUAUUCGCGCGCCUAAUAUUCCAUGAACCCGAACGUAGGAAUGAUCCCAAAUAUUACCCAGGCUCAGACUGGUGUUAGCAAUGUCGAAAGGCGAGACGGAGGAGCUGAUAGAGAUAGAGAUCGAUGGGCAGGAGAAGCAGGAGUGUAUGGAAGAGGGGGUGGAGGAGCAGACCAUCGCAACUGCUGAGUUUGUCACACAGGCUAUUGACAUCAAUGAGCCUAUCGGUAACCUGAAGAAGCUACUGGAGCCUCGCCUCCAGUGCUCAUUGGAUGGUCAUGAGAUCUGUCUGCAGGACAUUCAGCUGGACCCCGACCACAGCCUCUUUGACCAGGGAGUGAAGACGGACGGCACGGUCCAGCUCAGCGUUCAGGUCAUCUCCAGACAAGGUAUCACAUGCGCGGACUCUCUCGCUCCAGGUGUGGAGCCCAGGCUGAACAUCCUGGAGAUCGUGAAGCCGGUGGAGACGGUGGAGGUGGUGAUCGACCCGGACGCGGCGGCCGGCGAGGACGGCCAGCUGGUGGAGGACGGGCAGGUCAUCGCCCUGGACCGCUCGGUGGUGGCGGACGAGACGUCGGAGCAGGUGACGCGGUGGGCCGCCGCCCUGGAGGGCUACCGCAAGGAGCAGGUUCGGCUGGGCAUCCCGUACGACCCCGUGCAGUGGAGCGCGGAUCAGGUGAUACACUGGGCGGUGUGGGUGAUGAAGGAGUUCAGCAUGGUGGACGUGGACGUCGGGGGGAUCCACAUCUCCGGCCGAGAGCUCUGCGCUUUCACCCAGGAGGAUUUCCUGCAGAGCGUCCCGCACGGAGAGAUCCUGUGGAGCCACCUGGAGCUCCUGCGCAAGUAUGUUCUGGCUAGUCAGGACCAGUCUGGCCAGAUCGCCACGGUGACCAUUGACCAGCCUGUGCAGAUCAUCCCUGCCUCUGUGCAGCAGGCUCCUCCUGCCACAAUUAAGGUUCUGACCACCAAGCAGAGCAAAGUCCAGCGCUCACCACGCAUCUCUGGAGGAGAGGACCGCAGCUCACCGGGGAACCGCACCGGCAACAACGGUCAGAUCCAGCUCUGGCAGUUCCUGCUGGAGCUGCUGACGGACAAAGACGCCCGUGACUGCAUUUCCUGGGUGGGGGACGACGGCGAGUUCAAACUGAACCAGCCCGAGCUGGUGGCGCACAAGUGGGGCCAGCGCAAGAACAAGCCCACCAUGAACUACGAGAAGCUGAGCCGCGCGCUACGAUACUAUUAUGACGGGGACAUGAUCUGCAAGGUGCAGGGCAAGCGCUUUGUGUACAAGUUUGUGUGCGAUCUGAAGACCCUGAUUGGCUACAGCGCCGCAGAGCUCAACCACCUGGUGACAGAGUGCGAGCAGAAGAAGCUGGCCAGGAUGCAGCUGCACAGCCUGGGACAGCCCGUCGCCACGGUGACGCUCGCCACCACCGCCCUGGAGAAGGACAGCUGAGGCGAAGGAGGGGCGGGGCAAGGGGUGGGGGGGGG